GUGAGUAUUCAACUAAUAAUCAAUACGAUGUCUGUUUCAAAUACUUAUCAUGGGUUAAAAGCGAGCUUAAUUGACUGGAAUAAACACGGUGAGGAAGUUCUCGAAAAGUAGAACUUUAAUUUGAUGAAGUUCAAAUUGUUGAAAUAGUGUCCAAGACUUCUGAACGAAAAUAUGGAAGAAAAAGUUCCUGUUCAUUUAGAAUCUAAUACGAAACAUGAAAAAUCUUCCCUUGUUGAAAUUUUCGUGGCUGGAACAAGAUUUGAAAUUCCAAAGGAAAACAUUUUAAAAUAUCCGGGAACAUUGCUUGAGAGAAUGCUACCGGAACUUGUGAAGGGAAAAAAGGAUCCUUACAUUUCUUUCAACCGCUCAGACGAUUCCUUCAAAGCCAUUCGGAACUUUUACCUCACCGGUAAGCUUCAUAUGCCCUUAAACUUGUGUCCUGGAGAAUUCGCCGAAGAAAUGGACUACUGGGAAAUACAAUCAGACAAUCUGGAACCUUGUUGUCGAUAUAGGUUUUUGCGUUUUAAGCAACAGGAAGAAAUGUCAAUGCAGUUCCGUAAAACCAUUCCAGCGGCCAAGCAAACCGGGGCUAUUUCAGGGAACUUCUCGUGCAGACAGCGGCUUUGGUUUAUUGUUGACAAUAGAGAGUCGUCAGUUCUAGCCAAGAUCUACCUUGGAUUCAUCCUUCUUUUCGUUUUCCUGUCUAUAGCCUCACUGUCUCUUAGCACGUUACCGAUGUUCCAGCGGAAACUGACGAUUUGCGAGGCUCGUGAUUUGUUAAUUUACGACCACUACGUCCCCGAUGACGUAGAGGACUUCCUAUACAAUAAUGUUGACUGCAGCGAGGAUGCAGAUGUGGCUUUGAAGUCCAUUCUUGGAGAUUAUGCAUACUACACAGAUGAGAAAUUUAACGAGACGAUAGAACAGUGGGAAAGUCAAUGGAACAUUUCGUCAGAUUACGAAGACGAACUGGAUAACCUUAUGUUCAAGUGGAAAUUGAAAAAAAUGAAAAUUCCAAAUAAAACUGCUCGCCUGAGAGAGUUUGAUAGAAUUGAUAAGAUUGUUUUGGCUGUUUUUACUGCAGACCUUUUCCUAAGACUUGCGUCUUGUCCAAGUAUUUGUUCAUAUUACUUGUCAGCGCUGAAUGUGAUAGACACGAUCGUCCUGAUUUGUGGAAUUCUGGGAUAUGUCUUGGAAAAAUCGUUGAUCGACUUUACUUAUGAUCGAGGAGACGUUGAUAUACUGGUCUAUCUUCAGCAACUUCGAGUGUUUCGUCUGCUCCGAGUUGUCCAGAAUUUUGCCGCCAUUAAAGUCCUCGCCUUCUGCUUCAGAGAAAAUUUUAAAGAAAUAUUGGUUCUUGUAUUAUUUUUAUUUGUCGGGGUCAACUUUUUCGCAAACUUGCUGUACUUUGUCGAGCAGAAGAAUAUAUCCAGCAUUCCCCAGGCGUGGUGGUGGGGAAUAAUCACUAUGACAACGGUUGGUUAUGGCGAUAUGUACCCUGUAACCGCUCUCGGUCGCGUCAUUGGAUCUUUUUGUGCUCUUUGUGGAGUUAUUGUUCUUGCUUUAAUCAUUCCACUUUUUGUGAACAACUUCAUUGCAUUGUAUGAAAUUGCACAUUUGUUAAAAAAUAAUGUACUAAAGGAACAAAAACUGCAACUUAAAGUGCGUCCAAAUCCUACAUGAAAACAAUACAAAGCAUUGCUUUUUUUGUUUUAAAUUUACAAUUUUUGUCUUUAAAUCUCAUUCGUCUGACCGACGGUCACAAAAACUUUAGCCUUGAUCAUAUCUUUUGAAUGAGAAGAGACAGUACUUCCACAUUACAUACACAUGUAUAUGUAUUAGUAAUUACCUGUGACCUUUCUAAAUGCACUUUGAUUAUUGACCCCAUGACCUACACCUUUACUUUUCAAAAAUUUAAACAUAACUUUAAAUUGGCCGAACGUCUGAAUGAGAAAAGAUAGGGCUUUCAUACUUAAAAUUUGUAUUACUUGUUAUAAAACCUUUCUAAUUACUCUAUGCUUUUUGACUCCAUGUCCUUGACCUUGAAGUUUGACCUACUUUUCAAAAACAAUAAACUUAGUCAUAACUUUUGGAUGAGAAAAUGUAAAGCUUUCAGAUGUGUACAUGUAUUACCUUGACAAGACCUUUCUAAAUACACUAUGAUUUUUGAUCCAGUGACCUUGAUCUUUGCAUUUGACAUACUUUUCAAAAAUGUUAUUUUUCCUUAUUACUUUUGAAAGACAAGAGAUAGGGCUUUCAUAUUUGAUAUGUGUAUUACCUGUGACAAGAUAUUUCCGAGAAUGAUUUCUGACCCCUUGACCUUGAUGUUUGACCUAAUAAAAAAAUCAAUUUUGGUGAUAACGUUUGAAUGACGUAUGAUAGGGUGUUCAUAUUUGACACAAUAUGCCAUAAUUAAUUUUAUUUAAACAAUAUUUUUAUUAUUAAUAAAAAUAAUAGGAGUGGGAAGCAGGCAUAAAUAAUGACAUUUCAUCCACAAAGACACCGAAAGCGGGGGACAACAAUUCUUUGAAUUUGCUUGUAGUACUUAAUUUUCUAUAAUUUGUCACAAAGUAGAGUUAUUCUAUAAAUGUGUGUAUGUGUGUGAGUGUAUGUGUGUGAUUCGCAAAGAUAAUGCAAACAAAUUCAAAGAAGUAUGGUCCUCCGCUACUUGGUGUCUU